GGAUUUUUCGGUCCAUUUACUAACCCUUUUUAAAACUAGAUUGAAUAUAAAUUUAAAAAAUUUAGUCAACGGCCAGAUGAAUACUGAAUGACUAGUAUAAUGAGGAUUGAAACAUUACUCAAAACUCUUUUCUGUGUCGGUAUUGCAACUGCCUAUCCUAAAUUUAAAGAUAUCCUUCCGAAUGGUAACGAAGUACCACAUCCAUGUAAGGCGAACUACUUGUGGCAUGGUGUAGGUCACAACAAUCCACUUGGAGGUGGAAGUAGAAACCAGUUUGGUUUGGAUUUUAAAACAGCGGGAUUGUCAUGGACACCUGAAUUAUGUAGAAAAGAUUCUGAUGGAGACGGACGAACAAAUGGCGAAGAACUUGGAGAUCCUAAAUGUGUCUGGAAAGAAGGAAGUUUACCAUCACGUUUAUCAAAUAUAACACACCCAGGAGUGUGUACCUUAUCAGAUGGGUCUGUAUGCGAUGCUGAUAAGGGAUGGGUAGAUUGUGAAGUGGAAGAUGGACUGAAAAACUGCGAUGUUUUGAAAGAACCAGAGACAUUAAAUAGAACCAUUCGCUUUCCUGAGACAGCAGUGCCAGCUGAAGAAACAACGUAUUCCUGUAUGAUCUUCAAUCUUCCUUCUGACCAAGAUUAUCAUCUGAUGGCAUAUGAACCUUACAUAGAUAAUGAAAUGGUCAUGCAUCAUAUAAUAAUUUACGGAUGUGAUCCGAAUGAGGACCCAGUGCCAGACGAACAGCUUAACACAGUUACCAAAUGUGGCAUGAGCGCAGCUAGUAACUGUAAUCAAAUGAUCGGACUAUGGGCGGUUGGAUUUACUGGGUAUUGUUUAGAUGGACCAAUGGGAUUCCGUAUUGGUCAAAGUGGAUUCAAACAGGCCGCAUUAGAGUUUCACUGGAACAAUCCGCAGUUAGUUUCCAACUGGAAAGAUUCAUCGGGAGUCACUCUUUAUUAUACUCCAAAACUCCGAGAUAAUGAUGCUGGUAUUAUGAUGACUGGUCAGACAGACCUUGAAAUUCCACCAGGACAACAGAGUUACACAGUAGUAGGGAAAUGCCAUUCAGAAUGUUCCAGGAAAUUAAUACAAGCACCAAUUAACAUAUUUUGGGCUACAAACCAUAUGCAUUAUCUAGUCAAAAUGCGUUGA